AUGGAGUACACUCAUACCAACAGCCAGCAGAAACCCCGGAGCGAGGCGUUGCGCGAUGCCGCCAAGAUUGUAGCCUGCGGCGUCAUGAUCGGCUCUGGCCUUCUUUUCCCCCUGGCCAACGCCGAAGGGCUGUGGUUUCGAGCCGUAGUCCUCUCCUUCUUCCUCAUCAGCGCCCUGAGCUUCCAUGCCCUGCACAUUGAACCCUUUGUUCGAUUCGGACGCUUCACUGCCCCGGUGGCUCUCACCCUUCUGUUCGUCGCCGUCCUUGCGGCUGGGCCCUCCAGAACAGAACUCAUCCCCUGGCUGCCGCUGUUUGCUGUUGCAUUGAGCUUGAUCACCGUUGUCAUACACGAUAUCUCCCAGCAUCAUAGGGAUGCAGAGACCGAGUUUUCGGGGGUGUCCGUCGACACGUUGAGUGUCCGUUCCCUCCGGACUGUGUCUACCCAGCCGCGAGUCCCGCUUGCGCUGGAGUCCAACCGGCACAAUUCUCUUUACUUUACGCGGCACGGGCCAUCCUCCACGGUGUCUCUCCAAACGGGGACGGAUGGCACCGAUAUAACCCUCACCGGCGUCGUGGGGCAGUACGGACAACAUUGGGAUGACCAAACGCGAAGUUAUUUCCCGGAGGCAUUCUUGCCGGAACAGGAACACCCAGAGGAGCUCCAUGCAAGGACUGCCGUUCCGGAAGGAAAUGGAAAUCCGGAUGUGGACUCGGACCUGGACUUGGACCUAGACUCAGACCAUGGAACGGUGGCAUCCGACCACCCGUUGCUCGGAGCCCAAGGAGACGUGUUCCGCUGA